GAAGCACCUGAUAUUGGAUUUAGUUUUCUUGUUCAGCUAUCCACGCCUUGUUCAGGAUGAUUAGUUUUGUGUUCCUAUGUCUUGUUGGAUCGGUGCAUCUAAUUGAAGGAGUCGUUACCGGAGAAUGUCCUCGCUUACCCUGCCCUAAUACUAGCUUCUGCUCGAAGACUGCUCCAACAUACUUCCUCCACAAUGGGAUGAAAUGUAAGGGGUGUGACGAGUGCAUCAUGUCAGCGCCGUCGAAGAAAGCUGUAUCUGGAGUGACUCAGCUUCUACACAUCUGUCCCAUGGUCAUGUGCACGAUGCCUCCACCGUGUGACGUGCCCCUGGAGAUGCACCAUAUGAAGCUCGGAGAUCUCGUUUGUCCCACGUGUCAAUCAUGUCCACAGGGACACGAGACAGGACCGGCUCCUGUGACGAUCCGUCUGAAGAAGGACGCCUCCCCCAUCUUGGCGUGUCCUAAGAUCCUGUGCAUGGUCCCUAACAACCACUGCUCCGUGCCGCUGCAAAUAUCCAAGAUGACCUUCUUGGGGCAUGAAUGUGCCGGAUGCCCCUACUGCCCUACUGACCGUGUUUGAAACUGUUGUGGAGUGCAUGCUGAAGAAUGUUGUAUCUUAGUAGUCCAUAUUGAAAUAAAAGAUUGAUUGUCAA